AUGGACUCAGCCCUUCAAAGCGCCUUGGCUCAAUUUAUUGAGUGUCACCCUAAUUCCCAACGCCUGCAUGAGCAAGCUCUGAAAAGUUUGCCUGGGGGCAACACCCGCACCCUGCUGCACACGGCCCCGUUUCCUGUAUUCAUGCGCAAGGGGGAGGGAUGCAAUCUGUGGGAUGAGGAUGGAAAUAAAUACUAUGAUCUGGUCGGGGAGCUAUCCGCUGGACUUUAUGGACAUUCACACCCAACACUUCAGCGAGUGCUGACUGAAACUAUUCAAGAUGUUGGUUUCAAUCUGGGAGCCACCAAUGCUUAUGAGCAGCGAUAUGCGUCCUUACUCUGUGAGCGGUUUGGGCUCGAACGUCUCAGAUUCACCAACUCGGGAACAGAAGCAAACCUGCACUGUAUCGCUGCUGCUAGGAAGUUCACGGGUAGGCGCAAGGUCAUUGUCUUUCGUGGAGCAUAUCAUGGCAGUGUGCUUUCUUUCGGAGACGGUAUUGCCGAAAACAAUGUCGAUCAGGCCGAUUGGGUGCUGGUGCAAUACAACGAUUCAGACGGUGUUCGGAACGCCUUCGCUCAGAAUGAUGAUAUCGCUGCUGUCAUUCUAGAGGGGAUUCAAGGCUCAGCUGGCUACAUAGCUGGCUCUGGAGAGUUUUUGCGAACGAUUCGUGAACAGAGCGAAAAGGCUGGAGCCCUGAUGAUCUUGGACGAGGUGAUGACAUCCCGACUAGCACCCGGUGGGCUGAAGGAGACCCUUGAUGUCGAACCGGAUCUCAUCACCUUGGGUAAAUAUCUCGGUGGAGGCCUUCCCUUCGGAGCGUUCGGUGGGCGGCGUGAUAUCAUGGACGUAUUCAACCCACUUACACCGGGGACUCUCAACCACUCUGGCACGUUUCAGAAUAAUACUCUGAUGCUGCAUGCUGGAUAUGCUGGACUUUCCGAUGUUUAUACACCUGAAGUUGUGCAAUUGUUCAAUUCCCAGGGCGAUGAGUUACGCCAACGCCUACAGAAAGCCUUUGCAGGUUCCAAGUUCUGUGUCGCCGGCGUAGGGUCUCUCAUGUGUAUCCAUGCUACCGAGACUGGUAUUCUACCAGAAAAUAUUACUUGCAGAGAUGACGUUGCGGCUGUUGAGUCGGCUGAUCUGAAAGAGCUUUUCUGGUUAGAAUUGGUGAAUGCUGGCUUCUGGGUACAAAUUCGCGGGUCAAUCACUCUGAGUAUUGUGACACCAGCCCCUAUUCUGGAUGCAUUUGUUGUAGCGGUUGAGGAAUUCUGCAAGAAGCAUGUAUCUUUGAUCAGUGUUUAG